ACAAAAGGCAAUCGAAAUUGGAAAUAAAACAAGCGGAUGCGGAUGCGAGGCCGGUAAUGGAAUCGAAAGGGGCGGAUAUUUUCACUGGCGGACUGGCGAAAUGUUGAGUGGUGGCAAGUUCCAACUGUGUCUACUCACCGCAGCACCAUCCAACUUGGCCUCAUCGUCAUCGCUCUUCUCAACUUCUCUAAUUCAUCCAAGAAGGUUCGACAACAUCAACAAACGUUUCUCCUUUCCUCAUCCAUCAACUCCGAGUUUAGAUUGCAUUCGUUGCUGUAUUUCACAAUCUCAGUCCAUGGAGAUCAACACUGAAAGCAAGCAACACGACGAGGUCCCUAACAGCCUCAACUUCCUCUCCGUCAGACCUUACGUCCCUCCGUCCUGGGCCUCACACCUUAAUCCAAUCCCCACCCACCUCUCUUCUCUUGCCCGUCUUCCCACUCCCAUUCACAAGUGGAACCUUCCUAAUCUGCCCAACAACACAGAGGUCUGGCUCAAGCGUGAUGAUCUUUCAGGAAUGCAAUUGAGUGGAAAUAAAGUCAGAAAAUUAGAAUUCUUGAUAGCAGAUGCUUUGCAGCAGGGUGCUGACUGUAUUAUAACUAUAGGAGGCAUCCAAAGCAAUCACUGUCGUGCUACUGCUGUGGCUGCAAAGUAUUUCAAUCUAGACACAUAUCUAAUUCUACGCACUUCAAAGGUCCUUGUGAAUGAAGACCCCGGAUUGACUGGAAAUCUUCUUGUUGAGCGGUUAGUCGGAGCUCAUGUCGAACUUAUCUCAAAAGAAGAGUAUGCAAAAAUUGGAAGCGUGGCACUAACAGAUUUUCUAAAGUCAAAAUUAGUUGCUGAAGGAAGAAAGCCAUAUGUUAUUCCUGUUGGAGGUUCAAAUUCCCUUGGAACUUGGGGCUACAUCGAAGCAAUUAGGGAGCUUGAACAGCAACUGGAUUCCGGAAAUGGCAAGAUUAAAUUUGAUGAUAUUGUAGUAGCUUGUGGCAGUGGGGGCACAGUCGCUGGUUUAUCAUUGGGAUCAUGGUUGAGCACAUUGAAGACAAAAAUUCGUGCGUUCUCUGUUUGUGAUGAUCCUGAUUACUUUUACGAGUUUGUUCAAGGUUUACUUGAUGGGCUUCAUGCUGGUGUCGACUCACGCGAUAUAGUUGAAAUACAAAAUGCAAAGGGUCUUGGCUAUGCAAUCAACACGCCUGAUGAGCUUAAUUUCGUAAAAGAAGUUGCAGAAUCAACCGGCGUUGUUCUUGAUCCAGUAUACAGCGGGAAAGCAGCUUAUGGUAUGAUGAAAGACAUGGCAGAAAAUCCAAAGAAGUGGGAAGGCAGGAAGAUUCUGUUCAUUCACACAGGAGGGUUGUUGGGACUAUAUGACAAAGCUGAUCAGAUCAAUUCAACGCUGGGGAAAUGGCAUCGUUUGGACGUUAAUGAGACUGUGCCACGAAUUGAUGGAGUUGGGAAAAUGUUCUAGAACAUCUCGGAUCAAAAAGUGUAGCCACUAUUGAAAGACGGGUGCUUUAAGAUUUCUUAUCAGACAUUUUAAUUAUUAGGGGUUCAAAUAUAUUGUUAUGGAUUAUUGAUAAUCCAAUAAUAUAUACCUUGUCUUUAUUUUGUAUUUGCUAGACGUAUCAUGAAUGCCAAUUCGUACCUUAUUAGUUGAAUAAGGCACCGAUUGCUAUUUUGAAUAUCGAUAGUUCCGUAUGUAAAUUGUUAUUGAAAAAAACCUUGAAGCAAGGAAGUGUAUAGUUGGUAUUUUCCUUUUGUGUUUUCUUUUUAAAGACAACAUAAUUUUCAGGGUC